GAAACGACGGUUGCCGUCCAUGAUGAGGGCGACAUGCUUGGGCAGCGGCCCCAGUCGGAGAGAAGAGACGAGUGCGCUCUUGAUUUCCUUUCUGAACGGGAGCCAGCCCAAUAUGACCGGUAGAGUCGAUCGCAAGUCGGUCAUUGCCGGAUGGCCGCGCUCCUCUCGGCCAACGCCAACGCGUCGUCGUCGUCGCCGUUCAUGACAAUGUCAAUCCUCUAAGACCCCGGCUGACAAAGCCUUUCGCCUUGCAUUCGCUCAGAUGGCACAUUCGUUCGGCGCAAAGACGACGGCCGAAGAAGUCGCUCGCAAGUUCAAAGACCGCAUCGCAGGCCGAUACAUCCUCGUCACUGGCGCAUCCAAAGGAGGACUCGGCUUCGAAUGCGCUCGCGUGCUCGCCCAAUUUGCCCCUGCACUCGUCAUCCUGGCCGGUCGGUCACUCGACAAGAUGCAGGAUGCCAUCUCUGCCAUCAGAGAGGAGACGCCAAACGCCAAGCUGCAAGCGCUUGAACUCGAUCUCGCUUCACUUUCACAGGUGAACCAAGCCGGCCAAUCGAUCGUCGACAAUCACGACAUCCCACGCAUCGAUACACUGUUCAACAACGCGGCCGUCAUGGCCGUGCGAACGUACAAGACGACCGCGGAUGGCACAGAGCUCCAGUUCGGGACCAACCAUGUCGGUCACUUUGCGUUUACGCUCAAGAUUCUGCCCAAGAUACUUGCAAGCGCUUCGCCGCGCAUCAUCAACGUCUCAUCGACAGGUCAUCUUGCUGGAAACGUGCGCUUCGAAGACUACAACUUUAGCAACGGCAAAGAGUACGAACGCUGGGCAGGCUACGCACAGGCCAAGACUGCUAACAUCCUCUUCACCGUCGGACUCGCGAAGCGGUACAAGCAGCUCUCAUCCUUUGCGCUUCAUCCCGGAGGCAUCCAUACGCCACUUCAGCGCGAAUUUGACGAGGCAGACAUUGCGGGCUUCCGGGCCAAGUACAAUGCCUACAACGAGGACGGCUCGCCCAACCUCGACUCGGGCGUAUGGAAGACGCUCUCUGAAGGUACAGCAACGCACAUCGUGGCGGCAUUCGAUCCCGAGAUCGAGAGCGCCUCGCCGGCCUACCUCGUAGACUGCCGGCUGGCCAACGGUCAGGCCAAAGAGUAUGCGCUCGAUGACGCUAAUGCUGACAGGCUCUGGGAACUGAGCCAGAAGCUCAUCAGAGACAAGAUUGUUCGUCGCGUCGCGAGUCGAUUGACAUUCGAGACAGUCGAUGGUCUCAUGGGCCAGCGAGAUGCGCCUGAGGAGAGCGCCAAACAGUCGGUCAGCGUCACGCCGAGCAAGACGCGAGCGAGGCCAAGACUGCUCUCUUCGGCCAGCACAGCCUCCGGCAAGGGACUCGUCGCUCGCUCGGAAGUGACAGCGUCCAUAGCGGCGAGUGAGUAUGCAGGCGCUCAGACACCGUCACCGAGCAAGAAGGCUCAUAUCGGACUCGGUCUACCUCCUGCCUCGCCUGUCGGGAGCAGUCACACGAGCGCGAAUAGGACGCUAUCGCGAUCGAGCUCUGCAAAUGACAUUAUCCCCAAACGAACCAUCAGACGUCAGACAUCAAGGAUCCUCUUCGAUAGCGGUACAUCGGCAGGCUCGACCGUUGCUCUCACCGAAGCGACUGCUUCCUUUGAUAUCCGUCGGCCAGGCUCAAGGUUGGCCGAUCAUGAGUCCGACAAGGGCAGUUCACAGCCUAGUAUCCGCUCUGUCAUCGAGGACAGCCAGCCUGUACCUGUCGAGCCGCCUCUCGAUAACCUCACACCGCACGAAGACAGUGGUCCGAGCACCGAAGCGCCCGACCCGCGCGUGCAACUCCGAGCAACCCUGGAUCGCAUGCGCUCGACUGACCGCGUAGAGACUGUCCAGGCAUCACAUCCGCCGAAUUCAGCUAUCGAGGCGCCACUAGCUCGGCUGAAGCUGACGGCUAGUGGUGCGAGUGAAGCACGCAAGAGAUCGUAUUUCGUUCUGACGAGCGCUGGCAAGCCUGUGUUCAGUAGCGAGGAGCAAGAUGAAGAUGCGACGACGAGCUAUAUGGGCGUCAUGCAAGCCAUCAUCUCUAUCUUUGCAGACGAGGGAGAUCGUCUCAAGGUCAUCAAAGCGGGCUCGGUACAGAUCGCAUUUCUUAUGCGUACGCCGCUCUAUUACGUUUGCUGCUCUGGCUUUGGCGAGCCUCUAUCAGUACUCCGCAUGCAUCUCGACUACUUGCAUCUGCAAGUCUUGUCUGCCUUAUCCCUGACGCAACUGCGGCGCGUGUUCGAGCAACGGCACAAUUUCGACUUGCGGCGAAUGCUCGAAGGCACCGAAGGCUUUCUCAAGAGCAUGGUCAUUUCUGCACAGAGCAGCUUGGCAUUGCUCACCGGCUCACUCGAAGUCUUCCGCAUCAACGGCGCAACGCGUGAAGCUGUCGGCCAAGCGCUCAUGCCUACCGAAAAGCGCAAGGACUUGCUCUAUGCCAUCGUACUAGCGGGUGGACGAGUCGUCACGCUGAUAAGACCAAAAGGUCAGCAUGUACAUCCGGCAGACCUGCAUGUCCUGCUCAACACGAUCAACUCCUCCACUUCCCUCACCAUACCCGGUAGCGAGUCUUGGCUGCCGAUCUGUCUGCCCCGAUAUAAUUCGAGCGGCUUCUUGCACGCGUACAUCAGCUUCAUCAGCGUUUCAAUCGGAAUCGUUUUCAUCGGUGGCAAUCGAGAAGCGUUCUUUGACUGUCAAGAAUGGAAAAGCAACGUCGCAGAGAAGCUACAAAUGGCGCCAACUUUCAAGACCUUGGAAGCCAGUGUUGUCUCUCAGGCUUAUUCUCUUGGCGAUCUGUCGAUUGCCGGUCUGCGUCACUUUAUCUACAAGUCAAAGACAUACGUGCAAGUGACUUCACCUGCAUGGGAAGGUCCAUAUAGCGAGCAAGACGAUCGCGAAAGGCGCGCUGCGUGCUUCUGCUCGAGCGUAUCUCACAAUAGAAGCAGGUUGAUUCGCCUCUACCAAGAAACGUAUGAUCGCAUGCAUCUACGCAAACCGGCCACAGAUCAUGGCAAGCAGCCAGCCCGACUGAUCUACCUUCUAACAGAGGAGGAAGCCGUUCUGGGCUGGAGCACGAGCACGUUCGAGAUGUAUGUCGCUAUAUCGCCUCUGCUACCCAAGACAGCCGUUGUGGCCGUCGCACACUCGGUAAGCAAGUGGAUCGACAAACAUGUCGACUCUCUCUUCCUCACUGCCGCUCCUUCGUUCUGAGCAUGUACGACACACGC